AUCCCAUUUUCUGAAUCUCGUGACGUUUCAGGGUGUCAACCAGUUUCCAGCUUCCUGUUUAGGUUGCAAGCAGAUAUGAACUUUGGAGGCUCGAUGAACUGAUCUUCUGUGUACAUUCAUCACUAAUUAGUUAAUAUUUUGUGUGAACAGGUAAACACACACACGACAGAAGAUGUCGGAAACGGGAAACCGACUCCGGAAACUGCUUGAAUCGCCUAAUUUCGACCCGCAAAAUUACGUCAAGCAGCUAUCACAGCAGUCCGAUGGCGACAGAGAUUUGCAGGAGCAUCGUCAAAAAAUUCAAAACUUGGCCGACGAAACGGCUCAAAACCUGAAGAAAAAUGUCUACAAGAACUACAGACAGUUCAUCGAAACGGCCAAAGAGAUUUCCUACUUGGAGAGUGAGAUGUACCAGCUGAGCCACAUCCUGACCGAGCAGAAGAGCAUCAUGGAGAGCAUCACCCAGGCCUUGUUGUCCACAGAUAAGGAUGAGACCUCCAAAGAGAUGCAGGCUGCUUUCCCUAAAGAAACAGAGGAGGUGAAGCAGAGGACGCUCACCUCACUGCUGGAGAAAGUGGAGGGAGGUAAAAACAUCAUGGACACCCCUGGGAGACAUUUAAUCUACAACGGUGACCUUGUUGAGUUUGAUGUAGACAACAUGUCUCCCAUCCAGAAGGUCCAUGCUUUCCUGAUGAAUGACUGCCUCUUAAUCGCUACCUGGCUGCCAAACCGUCGUGGCACAGUGAAGUACAAGUACAACAAUUUGUACGACCUAGAGAGCUUCGCUGUGGUCAAUGUGAAAGACAACCCUCCCAUGAAGGACAUGUUCAAGAUCCUCAUGUUCCCAGAUAGUCACAUCUUCCAGGCAGAGAACAGCAAAAUCAAGAAGGAGUGGCUGGAGAUUCUGGACGAGACCAAGAAGAACAAGGUCACCAAGGACAGGCACAAGAAAGAGGAGGAGAUCCCCGCUUCACCUGCCAGGGCAGAGGUGUCCACCAAUCCUUUUGAUGAGGACAAUGACAAGCCGGCAGAUGCUGAAGAAAACGCUGACCUCAGCCUAGAGUGGAUCCAGGAGCUGCCGGAGGAUCUGGAUGUGUGCAUCGCCCAGAGAGACUUUGAGGGUGCUGUGGACCUGCUGGACAAGCUCAACGAGUAUCUCAAAGACCAGCCGGUCACCCAGAAAGUCAAAGAGCUCAGGUCGAAGGUGGACAACCGUGUACGGCAGCUGACAGAGGUCCUAGUGUUUGAGCUGUCUCCAGACCGGUCGCUUCGUGGAGGACCUAAAGCAACCAGGAGGGCUGUAUCCCAGCUCAUCAGACUAGGUCAGUCCACCAAGGCCUGCGAGCUGUUCCUAAAGAACCGCGCAGCCGCGGUUCAGACAGCCGUACGGCAGCUUCGCAUCGAAGGAGCCACGCUGCUCUACAUACACAAACUCUGCAACAUCUUCUUCACUAGCUUGCUGGAGACAGCCAAGGAGUUUGAGAUGGACUUUGCAGGAAACACAGGCUGCUACUCCGCCUUUGUGGUCUGGUCCAGAUCCACCAUGAGGAUGUUUGUGGACGCCUUCAGCAAGCAGGUGUUUGAUAGUAAGGAGAGCCUGUCGACAGCAGCAGAAUGCGUUAAAGUGGCUAAAGAACACUGUCAGCAGCUGACUGAGAUCGGCCUGGACCUGACCUUCACCCUUCAGUCCUUCCUGGUCAAAGACGUCAAAGCAGCCCUGCAGAGCUACAAGGACAUCAUCAUCGAAGCCACUAAACACCGAAACUCUGAGGAGAUGUGGAGGAGGAUGAACCUUAUGACCCCUGAGGCUUUGGCUAAACUCAAGGAUGAGAUGCGCAGCUGUGGAAUGGCCAGUUUUGAGCACUACACUGGUGACGACUGCUGGGUGAACCUGAGCUACACCAUCGUGGCCUUCACAAAGCAGAUGAUGAGCUUCUUGGAGGAAGGCCUGAAGCUCUACUCCCCCGAGCUGCACAUGGUGCUGCUGGAGAGCCUGCGGGAGAUCAUCCUGGUGGCCGUGCAGCAUGUGGACUACAGCGUCCGCUGCGAGCAGGACCCUGAGAAGAAAACCUUUAUCUUGCAGAAUGCCACCUUCCUCCAUGACACUGUGCUGUCGGUGGUGGAGCGGAGGUUUGAGGAGGGAGUGGGCAAGCCGGCCAAACAGCUGCAGGACCUGAGGAAGAGCACCUGGCCUGUUCGGAUCAAUCCGGAGAGCACAACAUCUGUGGUCUGAGAGUGGCUGAUUUGGAAAAAUGGUGUGAGACUACAAUGAAAGAUGGUGGCCAAAACACUUCAGUGUUCAUUUACUGACCAUUCUAAGUUCAGUUCUCACUUUUAGAAAUAACUAGAUAUUAGUUGUGUGAGACUACAGGGCAGGAAGCAGCCUGGAAAAGAGUCACAGUAACAACAAAAUAAAAUACCUUAGGAUAGGUACAGUAUGUGUGAAAAGUUUCUUUGCACCUGAAUUUGUACUGACUCCCACAAAAAUGCCUAUUGAUAUUCAUGAAAAGAUUUCUCUGAAAUGUCAUUACACAGAUUAAUUACCGACAUUUUAAUAGGUUGAUUUUUCAGGCUCCUUGACCAUUAAUAGACACUAAAUGGUGUUCUAGCAUGCUAGGGCUAAUCGAAAAGGAUGGCUGAGAAGAACUGCACUGGUAAAUGUUCACUCUUGUAAUAGUCAAAAUUUGAGCUUAACAGAAACACACAGAAUGUAAUAAAGGUCAUGCACACACAUUUUUUGUUUGUUUUUACAGAGAUGCACUGAAAAACAUUGCAGCUUUUCCCACAGCUUUUUUUCCAUUUUUGUGUUCAUACAAUGACAAUUAAAGAGUAAAGUGUCCUGUAUUAAUCAGUGGCUUGCCAACUUUUCAGUCACGUUCCCCUUUAGACUGUGAAAAUGUUUCAUGUCUGUCUUUGAUGCAUAAUAUUGAUUUCCAUUAACCUGUAAACUACUACUGAAGGUGAGCCAAACUGAAUUUUAUUGAAGUAACGCUAUCAUUCACAUGGAUUGUGUGUACCUUUCACAUUUCGCUUUAUAAAUUCUGUUCAGUUGUUCCUAUCAAAAGGCAAACUUGGCUCAUACUUAAGACUGUCUUGUUCCACAGACCUUCUUUGCUGCAGACAUUUUAAGCAGCCGUAGCAGAGAAAGCAUGUAGACUAGUCAGAGCAGGCAAAUCAAGAUCAAAGAUUUUUUUUAUUGUCAAUUCACUAUAUGUGCAGGACAUACAGAAAAAUACUAUUUUAUCCAAACAAACAGGCCUAUUCAGUUUUACUAUCAUGACAAAAACAAGGCAAACACCAGUGGUGAAGAUAGAAACAGCUGCAACUCCAUAGAUGCAUAAAGAAUGACUGAAACAAAUAACUGACUAGAGUCUGACAGAGCAGUGACCGGCAGCUUGUUUGUGAUCCAAAAAUGUGGACGCCAUCUCUUCCCACUCACUCCUUGAUCUAGACUGUGUAAAAUCAUGACCGGAUUAAAUAAAACCCAUAAAAUCACACUUGAUAUUAAGAUUGUGU